AUUCUAUUCCUCCCUAUGGAUGUACAUACACGAAUCAAGGUUCUCCAGCUGUUACUACGAAUUCGAAAGGAUCACAGCCUAUAGCCCUAGACCCUAGCCCUAAUUCUAAGGUCUACAGCUACCCGAAAGAUGCUUAUUUAGGCAGUGCGCCGCCGCAUAAUACCAGUUAGAGCUAAGCUAGUCAUGGGUCGAUCUGAAUCUUUGACGGCCACGGCGUUGGUACGUUCUUUCACAAAUCUCAACAUGGCCUACAUCUCAACUCUCGCUUGCGACAUAUAUGUAUAUACACAUAUAUACGUAUACAUGUGCAGUGUCAGAGUGAUGUCGAUGGCAUCUCUACAUUCUAAUCAUCGCGCAGGGCCGAGGACCGUAUGAAUCCGAAGUCGUGGAAAGCUCGUCGGGAGAGGCCUCAUCCUCGUCGUCGUCGUCGUCGAACCCACGGCAGCUUUACAACGACCAUGGCCGACCAAGAAAUCCCGAGACGAAAAGGCGGGAGCGCGAGCACGUGCGCGCUGCCAAUGAGGUGAUGCAGGUCACGGGCGUCGUCGAGGACUCGAUCGCUGCCCGCGUGCAGGCCACCGAGAUUCUGUUCAAAAAGAACCGCGAUACCUUGACCGGCAUACGAGCCAUGGAAUGGGGAAGGGCCUUGAUGGUCGGCGGCAUCUGGGGCGUUCUCGGGCUACGUCGGAGGAUCUUGGUGAGAACAUACAUACAUACAUAUUUACACAUAUCGCUUUGAAGAAGAGAUCUCGGACUAACCAUAUCAACUUAGCUUUACCGCUCUUCAGCUCACCUUGGACUGUUUCAAUUUAUCCGCCGUGACGUGACUCAGAAUGGCCUGCUGUGGCUGCUAACAGCAGGCCUACCUGCCGUAGUCGCCUAUCAUGUUGCUGACUGGAUUGAGUUCUUUGCGGAAACAAUCCUCGAUGCCAUCUGGGAGGAGGAAGAUGAGAAUGGUGACGCUGUAGAGCUGUCACCUGGCCAAGCGAAUCUGAAAGGCGGGCUAAAGCACGUGUAAGUUGGCUUUGGAAAUACCAUUUCUUUGUGUCCUUUGCAGUGGUCUUCUGGGCUUGCCUGGUAGAACGAACUCUUUUGGAUUUCCCCCCUUAAGUUAGGCGAAUUGGUUGACCGCUCGCUGACAACUACCGCAAAGGAUAAAUAUUGGCCAUGCCUAUGUCACUUUGCAUCUUCGCAUGUUUGGUAUUCUCCAACAGCUCAACCUCAUCCCAUACUCUCAAAUCCUCCCAGCCCCCACAUCAUUCAUCCCAUUUUCCACUUAUUCGCCACUUCGGAUCGUGGCAUUCUCUUGGCCAGCUUCUAUUUUCGGCUGGAGAGGCGCCGUCGUUGCGUCCAUGGCACCAUUGCUUGCGACUCUGGUACACGGUAAACUGAAGUACAUUGCAGCCCGUCUCACAUAUCAACACAUCUACACUCUUCUACCACGUCCAACUGGAGAUAGUAUGUUUGCUGGUUUAUCGAUUGAGCCCUCGGCCGAAUAUGAUACACCAGAUCAACCCAUUAGAGAUAGAUCAACAUCCCAGGAUGAACAAACACUACGGUCACUUGAAGGGUUGUCUUCAGUGGAACAGAGAGAGCCACGCUCGCGUCCUAACGACCGUGACUCGGACUCUGGUCACGACGAAGAUGGGGAGAUUCCGCAUGCAACCUUGAUUAGUUUCGACGUUGAAGCGGCAGAGGCAGUCGAGAGUCCACUCGGCACUCUCGGUACGUGGUCUGCAGAAUUGCGAAGUGCUAACGAGCCAAGAGAAUCGAAUGAUACCAAGUAUCGCAUAACCGGACUCACACUUUUGCCUGCGAUCAUGGCGACAGAAGGAUUAAGAGAAAUUGUUGCCGGAAUCAUUGUUAUGCCCUUUGAAGCGUUCAUGGUUAGAGUUCUUGGACAUGCCAUCAGGGCAAGUGCGGGCUCGAGUACGAAGGACAUGUAUCCUUCUUUGUUUACUUUUCCCCUUGGUCUUGGAAUGACCGGCGCUGGGAAUAUCGCAGCAGUAUUGAUGCUUCAACUCAGUGUCACGGGUGUUGUUUGGGCGGGGUUUACGGUAGGAACCCAACGGUGGACGACGCGGAGAAAUGCGGAAUUGGAGGCAAAGGAAAGGGACGCCUAG